GCAAAUUUAUCUCGAAUUUAUUCAAGGCGUACCUGCCGAUCGUGGUGGCAGUGCAAUCGAAGACCUAGUCGUACCUCGAGCUGUUGCUCCUCCUCGAACAUUGGCUAUCGGAGUUGAACAAUGGACGGAGGGUUUGGAUUCGUCUAACAUGCUCUUAGCUCUCGACGAAUUUUUUCGGCGGAAGACAGUUAGAGAACUAUCGAUCGAGAAUGGACUUAACACCAAACUAUUUGUCACUGCCUAUAGAUCGUUCCGUGAAUACUGUCUCAAUGAAAAGGGUGGCGUUGAACCGGCGUUGUUAGUGCUCUUCCACGAUAUCAUUAAGGAAGGCCAUGAUGUUGAAAGGCUUUUCCCUUACUUUCUGGCACAUGCUCGAAAAGUUUUCCCACACUUGGAAGCAAUGGAUGACUUGAGAAUGAUUUCGGAUCUAACGCAGCCUCAUAAUUGGUACCCUGAUGCUCGUACAGUUCAACGGAAAAUAAUCUUUCACGCAGGACCUACGAAUUCCGGGAAGACCUACCAUGCUUUAAAGAGGUUCGGAGAAGCAAAAAGCGGUAUUUAUUGUGGACCACUAAAGCUUCUGGCUGCGGAGGUAUUCACUCGCAGCAAUGAGCUAGGCGUUAAAUGCGACCUGGUCACAGGAGAGGAAAGGAGGCAGGUUUCAAAUGUCGUGUAUGCUGUUGACAAUUUUCAUCCAAGUGCGCAUAUUUCUUCAACUGUUGAGAUGUUAUCAACCCAGAUGAGAGUGGAGGUGGCUGUUAUCGACGAAAUCCAGAUGUUACGAGAUGAACAACGUGGAUGGGCUUGGACAAGGGCAUUACUAGGUGUAGCAGCUGAUGAGGUACAUUUGUGCGGCGAACUGGCAGCUGUUAACAUUGUGAAAAAGUUGGUUGAGCCGAUUGGAGAGCAUGUAGAGGUACGGUAUUAUGAGAGGAAAAGUGCGUUAACCAUAGCAAAUCAAGGAUUGGGGUCCUUGGAUAAUGUCCAACCUGGCGACUGUAUUGUGUGUUUUAGUCGUAAAACUAUCUACAGCAUCACAAGGAGUUUAGAAAAAUUAGGUAUUAAGCCUGCGGUAAUCUACGGUGACCUCCCACCAGGUACUAAACUUGCCCAAGCGUCAAAAUUUAACGAUCCUAAUGACCCAUGUAAUGUUCUGGUUGCUACAGAUGCAAUAGGUAUGGGUCUCAAUUUAAACAUUCGACGUAUAAUUUUAUCAUCUUGCACCAGACAAGGCGAGUUGUUGCCGAACUAUUCAGCUCUCCAAAUUGUUGGGAGAGCUGGGAGAUUUGGUACAUCAUUCUCCGAUGGAAUCGCAACAACUUUGCGUAACGAAGAUAUUGGAACCCUCCGCGAAAUACUGAGCAAACCGGUUGAACCAAUUGAAGUGGUCGGCAUCGCUCCAACAUUUGAACAAAUUGAAACUUUUUCGUUCCAUCUUCCACAAGCAUCAUUCGUUCAUCUGCUGGAUUUAUUUGUUUCUGUUUGUUCAAUAUCUGACCAGUUCUUCAUUUGCACUGUGGACCAUAUGAGGACGCUUGCUGAUCUUAUAGACUACAUACCUCUUCCUCUUAAGGUGCGGUAUACAUUUUGUAUCUCUCCAAUUAAUGUCGAAAGUAAGCUUACCUCGUCAGCAUUCGUAAAAAUGGUAAGAAGAUUUUCCUCGGGCCAAUGUCUCACAUAUGACUGGAUGCUGGAUAUGUUGAACUGGGAGUCCCUUGGUCAACCAGAGAACCUACAGCAGCUGGAAAAUCUUGAGAAGGUUUACGAGGUUCUUGACGCAUAUUUAUGGCUUUCACUGCGAUUUCCCGAUAUGCUUCCGGACGAAUUAGCUAUACGCGAUUCAUGUCGGAAACUGGAUGCAAUUCUCCAGAUAUCAGUUGAGAACAUACUUGAAAUACUGGAAAAUUCAGCAGUUGGAGAUGCUCGGAAGGUGGGAUCUAUUCUGAAGAAGAUGCGUGAACGUGCGCAAACGGAAAAAGAAAAGGAAGAGUACGAGAAAAGUUUGAACCAAGAACUCCGGUUACCAGAUAAAAGGAAAGGGCUUAAGAAGUGGGCUGUUCUACCGUGA